UGGAACAAUGCUGAAGACUCACGGAACAAGAUUUGUUGGGAAAGUCGCUGUCUUGACAGCUUCAACGGAAGGAAUCGGCCUCGCGAUUGCCCGAAGAUUGGGUCAAGAGAAAGCGAAGGUCGUCGUGAGCUCGAGAAAGCAAGAAAAUGUGGAGAAAGCUGUGGAAACUCUUCGGAAAGAGGACAUCGAGGCUAUCGGAGUGAAGUGUCACGUGUCAAACGCUGAAGAACGAGCAAAUCUCUUAAGUGAGGCUGUGAAGAAGUUCGGAGGAGUUGAUAUUCUUGUGUCAAUGGCUGGUGUUAAUCCUUACAUUGGAAGCAUUGUUGAUUGUCCUGAAAGCGCCUGGGAUAAAGCGUUUAAUAUCAAUAUGAAAAGCUCAUUUCUUAUGACCAAAGAAGUCAUUCCUCUGAUGAGAAAACAAGGAGGAGGAAGUAUUUUGUACAUUUCGUCCAUUGCAGCUUUCAUGGAAACCGGCACAAUUGGUCUUUACGGCACUUCAAAGCUCGGACUUUCACGUCUCGCUAAGGAAUUUGCGUACAAUUUGGCUCUGGACAAAAUCAGGGUGAAUUGCGUGGCUUCUGGACCGAUAAAUACCAACUUCAUGUCAAAGAUCUCCCUUACGGAUGAGUUUAAGGAUGUCUUCAACUACAAAAUGCCUAUGAAGAGAAUGGGAACUGUGGAGGAAGUCGCGGGUCCUGCGGCUUUCUUUCUGUCCGACGACGCCAGUUACAUCACAGGAGAAACGCUGAUUGUGGCAGGAGAAAUGCCAAGUCGGGCGUAA